AUGCCUAGUACACAUAAUAAAGAUAAGCCUUGGGAUACCCCAGAUAUCGAUAAAUGGAAUAUCGAAGAAUUCACAGAAAAGGACAAUAUUUCCGGUAAACCUUUUGCUGAGGAAUCGUCGUUCAUGACAUUGUUCCCAAAGUACAGAGAAGAAUAUCUUAGACAAAUCUGGCCAGAACUCACCAGAGCCUUAGACAAAAAAAAUUUGGCUUGCACGUUAGACUUGGUGGAAGGGUCUAUGACUGUGAAGACCACUUUAAAAACCUAUGAUCCGUACGCUGUGUUUAAGGCGAGAGACUUGAUCAAAUUGUUAGCUAGAUCGGUUCCUUUUCCACAGGCAGUAAGAGUUCUCGAGGAUGAUAUUGCUUGUGAUAUCAUAAAGAUUGGUAACACAAUCUCGAAUAAGGAACGUUUCUUGAAAAGAAGACAAAGAUUGGUGGGACCAAAGGGUAAUACUUUGAAAGCGCUUGAGUUAUUAACCCAAUGUUACAUCUUGGUUCAAGGUAAUACAGUCAGUGCCAUGGGUCCAUUCAAGGGAUUGAAAAAUCUCAGAAGAGUUGUGGAAGAUUGUAUGAAGAAUAUUCACCCAAUUUAUCAUAUCAAAGAACUUAUGAUUAAGAGGGAAUUAGCCAAGAAGCCUGAACUAGCCGAAGAAGACUGGAGUCGUUUCCUUCCUAACUUCAAGAAAAGAAAUGUUGCUAGAAAGAAGCCUAAGCAAAAGGCCAAUGAAAAGCAGAAAGAUAAGGUAUACACACCAUUCCCACCAGCACAAACUCCUAGAAAGAUUGAUUUACAAAUUGAAAGUGGUGAAUAUUUCUUGAGCAAGAAAGAAAAGGAAGAAAAGAAGUUGACUGAAAAGAGAGCUCAACAGGAAGAGAAGCGCAAGGAAAAGGAAAUUGAAAAACAAAAGGAUUUUGUCGCCCCAGAGGAAGAAGAGUAUGUGAGGGUCUCAAAACGUAAGAGAGACGAAAAAGAUGAUGGCGAAGAAGAAGAAGAAGAAAAGAAAUCAAAGAAGGAGAAGAAAGAGAAGAAAGAGAAGAAGGACAAGAAAGAGAAGAAAGAGAAGAAAGAGAAGAAAGAGAAGAAAGAGAAGAAGGAAAAAAAGGAAAAGAAAGAAAAAAAGGAGAAGAAGGAUUAA